GUUGAGACGAGAGGAGUUUAUCUCGUGGCUGAACGAGCCAUAUAAUGCGAAUAUUGUUGACGUUUAACAAUAUAUCGUGAAUUAAAUAUGUUCUUGUUUCGUUAGACAUACUUUGCACAGCGGGAUUAUAAAAAUGUUUAUGACAGAUUGUGACUGUAUUAGAGAUUAGCGCCUGUUAGCAUGCUUUGCUAACUCUUCGUUUGCCAACGGGCUGACGUAAAUACAGAGACCAACCAACACAUGUUCACAAUUUAUAUUCUCUGUUUAUGCAGACAUCUUCUAGAGGUCUAUCUGACAGCAGACGUCUCAGUGAUGUAGGGCAGAUGACCAGAUGUCUUGCAGAUGAAAAUGCAGACAUCAAAUAGAUGUCUGCCAGAUGUACGUGUGCUAUCAGGGGGCGACCACUAACUGACACACACACACACACACACACAAUAUAGACGAUCUCAGGUUUUACACACAGUGAUGACAAACAAGCGAAAAUCAACCACACCUCUCCACCUCCUGUACACUUUAGUCACGAUACGUUUCUUUAAGUGCUGUGAAACAUCAUUAAUGCAACACUUCUGAUGUGUUUGGAUCACGUUUAGUUUUUUUCAGUCUUGUAGAGAGUUAUUAUUUCACAACAGAAAAUGCUUCACACAUCUCUUGUGUUGUGCUUGUGGACUCUGAUCGGUGUGUUUGGUGAUGAAGUGAAGUCAGUGUCAGUGAUGGAGGGACAUUCUGUUACUCUACACACUCAUCUACAGAGAUAUGAUCUGAUCGAGUGGAGGUUUGGUGUUCAGGGUUCAGUUAUAGCUAAACUGAACAGAGAAGCAAAAACAAAACCAUUUAUUAAUGAGAGAUUGAAGAAUCAUGUAGAGAUAGAUGCUCAGACUGGAUCUCUCAUCAUCACAAACAUCACAACUCAACACACUGGACUUUAUACAGCUGAGAUCAUUGAAAAUACUUUUCAAAACAAACACUUCAAUGUUACUGUAUAUGCUCGUCUGUCUGUUCCCGUCAUCUCCAGAGUCUCUUCUCAAUGUUCUUCAUCAUCUUCAUCAUCAUGUUGUUGUGUGUUGUGUUCAGUGGUGAAUGUGUCACAUGAUGUGAGCGUCUCCUGGUACAAAGGAAAGAGUUUAUUGUCCAGCAUCAGUGUGUCUGAUCUCAACAUCAGACUCUCUCUACCUCUGGAGGUGGAAUAUCAGGACACAAACACAUACAGAUGUGUGGUCAACAAUCUCAUCACAAACCACACACAACAUCUACACAUCACUCAUGUCUGUCACACGUCUGCAGUUUGUGUCAGCUGUUGUGGGUUUACUGAAGCUGUGAUCCGAUUGGUCGUCUCUGCUCUGGUGGGCGUGGCUGGUGUUGCUAUUCUGGUUUAUGACAUCAAAUCCAGACAAGAAUCACCAUUGACCUCAAAUGAUUCAGCUAUUCAAAAACAAGAAUGAUCUUUUUCAAUAAUAUUUGUGAAUCAAAAAGGAUCGUCUUCAUUAAAACAUCUAUUACCUAUCGUCUAAUCAAAAUUUUUUUUUUAAUUUCUUAAUGUUGCCGCUCAGUUUUUUUGUGUUUGAAAGCUCAAACAUUAUAGUAUUGAGUCUUCUAUACCUGAUCUUCUUAUCCUAAAUGUGUCAGACGUAAUAAUAAACAACAAUCAAUGGUGAAGAAACACUAAAUGAUGUUUUAUUAACAAUGUUUGGGAGGAGCACAUGCAAAUCAUUACGCAGCUGCCAGCCAUUAGCCAUUACGUCUUCAGUCCUAUCAAAUCAAGAGCAAACCCCAUAAAUAAUUAAAUCGCCUUACCUCCUUCACUCUACAUUUUUGCAGUAUCCAAGCAACAUGUCUGAGAACGAAAACUCCUCCAGCAGGGAAACCUCGUCCGCCCAGGAUUUCCAAGCAAACCCAGCCGCCACGCAAAGCACCGGCGCUAGCCAAGAUGCUACAACCAAGGCCGUGGAUACACCAGACGUCGAGGGAACCAUACAUCCUCUCCUCCGCCAUCCAGGGGUUCAAAGUCUCCAGCGUCCUCCUACUUUUCGGCUCACCAUUCGGUUCCGGAAAUAAACAAGUGGACCGUCCGAAGCCUCAGACAGGCCCUGUCUAACGCCGACGUCCCGUUUUCCAGAAGGCUAAAUAAAGCAGAGCUGUAUAACCUGUACGCAGCCAGCCAGACAGGAGAGCCACUCGCCAAACCUCCGCCUCCUCCAAAAGCCGGAAGAACCAGCCGGGUCCGCAGCAGCACGCUUCCACAGCUCGACCACCCAAAAAUCACCAGGAAGAGACGCCGGUCCCCAAGCCGACACAGGAGAGCUUCGGCAAGCUUGGGCCGCGCCCAAGAUCCAGAAGACCCCAGCUCUCAACCUUAUCCAGGCUCUUCCGGGUCCCACACCUCUACCGGCGACCUGCGAGUAGCACACAAUUGCCAGCGGCCCUCUCUCUCCCACCAUCUUCUACUCUUCCCCCUGUCAAUUCUUUCCCAGGCCACUGGCCCGCAGCCCCAAAACCAACUGCUAGCGUGAGGCUGCCUCCGCUACCGGCACAGGCGCAGGCCCAGGCCUACACUUCUUUCUCUUUUCCUGCCAUCUCAGCUCCCGUAGCCGCCCAAGCGUGAGGCUGCCUCCGCUCACGGCUCCAGCACACACCCUUUCCAGCUCUCGCACUACCUUCACUCUAUCCUCCUCUGCAUCCUUGCCCAUCCCACCGAACGCUCUAGUCCUGGAACCUCUUCCACUGUGCCUCCCCAGCAGGGGCCUUUAUCUGUAUUUCCCACAGACCUCUAUAUCCGUACCUCACAGAGGCCCGCAGAAGCCAAUCCUCUUCCAGAGGCCUCAGCUCUACUCCAAGCAACAGCCAGCAACUCUCCGGCCUCAAGAUCUGCUAUGUUUUGGGGGCCAAUAACGCCUUGGCUGCUGUCCUGCGCUAGUUGCAUCUUUGGGUGAAGCGCUUCUGGAAAGAAUUCCCGACCCCAGAGCCCUCUCCCUGGACAGCAAGCCAAAAUACAAUAUACAUUCUAUGAUUAACCAAACUACCACCCAUUUAAUUAUUUGCUAAGGCGAACUCGUGAAUAAGCAACCAUCAGCCAAAAUCUAGUAAUGACAUAAAAUGAGUAAAUAAACCUCAUCGUGGUACCUGAGUCA